UUGACUCCCAUGCAGCCAGGGGGAGGCCAGCUCUGCAGACAGCUGGAUCAAUUCUCUGGGGGAAACAGAGGCACCAGGACGAGGCAAUGAAGACAAGGAUGGGUCCAGGCCUCCUGCUGCUGAUUUUUCUCUUGCCGGCCUGCCUGGCUGCGGCCAGGAGAGAGACGCAGUACGAGAAGUUCCAACGGCAGCAUGUUGACACCUCCGGGAGCUGGGAGCCCGACCCCAACCGCUACUGCAAUCUCAUGAUGCCACGGAGGAACAUUACAGUGUUCAACUGCAAAGAUCUCAACAGCUUCGUCCACGGGGCGCUGGCGAUGAUAACUGCUGUCUGCGGCUCAGGGGGAACACAGCAUCAUGGGAACUUUUACUACAGCAUCUCUCCCUUCCAGGUCACGGACUGCCAGACAACGGGAGCAUCCCGCUGGCCCCACUGCGUUUACAGGGGAGAUGUCCGCAGUAAGAGAAUUUGUGUCGCCUGCAAAAAUGGGCAGCCUGUGCACUACGCCCGGCCGUCAGUGUGCAGCGGCCCGUGAGCCGUGGGGCGGACAUGGAGCCCUGCAGCUCCCCUGGGCUUUGGCAAUGCUGGGAGCCCUGCGCACCCGUAGCUGCCGGACGCCGUCACCACCCUCCUCCCCAACAGAGUAUUUCGGCACCUGAUUGGGGACAGCAACAAAGGCUGUUAUUCCUUUUUCUCUGGCAAAUUAUAACUGCCCCCUCCCCAGCCUGCCCCUGCUGCUGCCCCCUAGUGCCCAUAUACAAUAUAGCUGCCCCUUCCCCGCCCCCACCCUCUGCUGCCCCUAGUGCCCAUCGUACAGUAUAGCUGCCCCUUCCCCACCCCCACCCUCUGCUGCCCCCUAGUUCCCAUAAUACAGUACAGCCGCCCCUUCCCUGCCCCCACCCUCUGCUCCCCUAGUAUGGGCACCUUUUCCUCAUCCUUUAUCCAUGGAGGGGGAGGCGGAGAGGGGUCAAACUGCAGAGGAGAUGUUACCAGGCUGAGCGCUGGAUACUGUUUUCUCUUGCUUCUUCCUGCA